AUGGAGGGAAGAAUGUGUAAGAUAUGUGAUAAGGUUUUCUCUAACGGGAGAGCUUUGGGUGGUCAUAUGAGAUCUCAUUUAGUCACCUUACCGCUUCCAUGGAAGAAACCAAUUCAAUUGCAACUCAUUCAGGAAGACAGGGAGAGUGAGACGGAGGUGACGCGAAAGACCAACCCGACUCGGAAGAGAUCGAAAAGGGCUAGGGUUACGCCUUUGGUGAAGGAAGUACCCAGUAUGAGUUCCGAGUUGGAACCGGUGAUGAGUUCGGUAUCCGAUCAAAUUUCCGCCGAGGAGGAUGUUGCUCUGUGUCUGAUGAUGCUCUCACGUGAUGUCUGGAGCUUCAUUAACUUGGACGAGUCGAGUCGUGGCCAGAAGCGCUCCAAGUACCAGUGCGAGACGUGUGACAAAGUGUUCGACUCGUUUCAAGCACUGGGUGGUCACAAAACGAGUCACCGGAAAAUCGAGAACGACUUCACCGGCGUUGGCAACAAGUCUAAGAAGAAUGUUGUUCAGGAUGAUGGAAAAUCACACGAAUGCCCAUUCUGCUACCGGGUGUUCGGGUCGGGUCAAGCAUUGGGUGGACAUAAGAGGUCACAUGUAUCGGGUUCGUCAACAACUGCAACAGACGCUUUAGUCUGUAAGGUUGAUGGCAGUGUCAAUUUGGUACAUUCCACCAAAGCACAGGGUAAUCUGGUAAUUAUAGAUCUUAACUUGCCAGCUCCAACAGAAGAUGAAGAAAACUCUUCUGCUGUUUCUGAUGCUGAAUUUUAUCAAUCCCCAUUGCAACUUUGA